AUGGAGCACUGCAACCUGGUGAACAUGCUGAGAUGUUCUGAGCAAAGCACCUGCUGGAAUACCAUGAAGCGGGCUCGGCAUGGGGAGGUACCAACCCCGGGGGUUGCCGCCUUGCAGGUGUCGCCCGGGUGCCCGGGGGUUUCUGUGUGGAGCGUUUUCCAUUCAGCGCCCUGUGCCUCUCUCUCAAACAGGAAGGGCCUGUCCCAGUCAGCCUUGCCCUAUCGACGCAGUGUGCCCACAUGGUUAAAACUUACGUCUGAUGAUGUAAAAGAGCAGAUCUAUAAACUCGCUAAGAAAGGUCUGACUCCCUCACAGAUCGGUGUAAUCCUAAGGGACUCUCAUGGUGUUGCCCAAGUUCGUUUUGUCACUGGCAACAAAAUCUUAAGGAUCCUUAAGUCCAAGGGACUUGCCCCAGACCUUCCAGAGGAUCUGUAUCACUUGAUCAAGAAGGCUGUUGCUGUCCGUAAACAUCUUGAGAGAAACAGAAAGGAUAAAGAUGCCAAAUUUCGUCUGAUUCUGAUUGAGAGCAGAAUUCACAGGCUGGCUCGCUACUACAAGACCAAGAGAGUACUUCCACCCAACUGGAAGUAUGAGUCUUCCACGGCCUCUGCUUUGGUUGCAUAGGAGUUCACUCUUUUUACUGAAAGAAUAAAGUCAUAUUAAAGACUUGUGCUGUCUUCUAAA